AACCUAAAAUUCAAACUAAAGAAGUUCAAGAGAAAUGAAAAAGGGUUAAAGCAGUUUCUUUUGAAGAACAAAUCGGAGUUAAUUUCAUUGAAGAACAAAACGAAGGUAGCUGAAGAUUGCUCUGUUUUCUUAUUGGAGAAUCCCAAGAUGAUGAAGUUAUACUUCUCGAUAACAAUAACAGCUUUCUUCGUUGUUUCCCAAGUAAACUCAGUUCACUCGAGGAACAAGUGCCAAGGCUCCUGCGUAACGGGCAAUUCCACAAGAUUUCUACCAUUUCCUUUCGGAUUCUCAUCGGGUUGUCCGAUUCAACUCAAUUGCAGCUCAAGUGCCGGGGUCGAAAUCGGAAGCUUCCAUGUAUUGAACGUAACUUCAACCGACAUCAUCGUUGACCUUCCAGCCAAAUGCGACCGACCGAUUGCUUCGCUCGCCGUUCUAUUCGGCGAAAACUACGUUCUCUCGGCUGCCAAUUAUCUUCUUCUCGAAAACUGUUCCAAGGCCGUACAAGCUCCUUGUGAAAUAAGCUCAACGUUUCUAGAAAGAUCACUCAAACUCAAAGCUUGUUUUGCUAAGAGCGGUAACAUGAGUUGUUUAACCGGCAGAAAUGGUAGGCAGUUGCUAAGUUUCGAUGAAGUUAAUAAUAUGCGCUGCCGUUACUUGUUUUCGUCGACUACGAUUUUAGCCGACCCAGCGAGUGACUCGGCUUUUUCAUUGGAGAUGGGGAGAGUUAACUUGGAGUGGUGGGUUAAAGGGAAGUGUAACUGUGAUGCAAAUGCUAGUUGUAGGAAAGUUAAGAAUGGUAAUAAAACGAUGGGGUUUAGGUGCCUUUGCCGUGACGGGUUCGACGGUGAUGGAUUCAAAGAAGGUGGCGGUUGCCGGAGAGUUUUCAAGUGUAAUGCUUCAAAAUUCAUAUCCAGAAAAUGGGGAGGUACAAGUGUUGGUGUUCUGGUUGGAGGUCUUGUUGCUGCUGGUGCUUUGCUAAUGGGUGGUGUGCUUCUUUUAUGCUUCUAUAUUCGGCGGUGUUGUAAUUCCUCAAACAAACUGAUGAAUGCAAAGCGCCGUCUAUGUGAGGCUGCUGGCAACACGAAUGUUCCUUUCUAUGAGUAUAGAGAAAUCGAAAGAGCUACCGAUGAUUUCUCUGAUAAACAUAGGCUGGGGACUGGAGCCUAUGGUACAGUGUAUGCUGGAAAACUCCACAAUGAUGAAUUGGUUGCUAUAAAAAGGUUCAGAUAUAGAGACCCUGAUAGUAUUGAUCAAGUAAUGAAUGAGAUUAAGCUCCUUUCCUCUGUCAGUCACCCGAAUCACGUCCGCCUCUUAGGUUGCUGCAUCGAGGAGGGUGAACCGAUCCUUGUCUACGAAUUCAUGCCUAACGGAACUUUAUCGCAGCAUCUGCAGAGGGAAAGAGGUGAAGGACUUCCAUGGACAGUACGACUCACCAUCGCCACUGAAACUGCUAAAGCGAUCGCCUAUCUUCACUCCGUGAAUCCACCGAUAUUUCAUCGAGAUAUAAAGUCUAGCAAUAUACUCUUGGAUUACAACUAUCGAUCCAAGGUAGCUGAUUUUGGUCUUUCCAGGCUUGGGAUGACUGAAUCAUCCCACAUCUCAACUGCACCUCAAGGGACACCAGGGUAUCUUGAUCCUCAAUACCACCAGUACUUCCAUCUUUCAGAUAAAAGCGACGUUUAUAGUUUCGGGGUUGUGCUUAUUGAGAUUAUAACUGCAUUGAAAGUGGUCGACUUCUCACGUCCUCAUUGUGAGGUAAACUUGGCCGCACUUGCCACUGAGCGGAUAGGAAGAGGCUGUGUGGACGAAAUAGUCGAUCCAUACCUCAACCUAGAAGGGGAUGCUUGGACACUGUCAUCAAUUCAUAAUGUGGCUGAGCUUGCCUUUAGAUGCCUUUCUUUUCAUCCAGACAUGAGACCAACCAUGCUCGAAGUCGUGGAAGAGCUAGAACGCAUCAGGCUUGGUGCUUGGGUUCCAUGUAUGGGUAUUGAAUCACCUUCAGUUUCCUCUUGUCCGUCCUCUGAUGGCGAAAAUGAGAUAUCUUCAAAUACCAAGACAGUGAUAGAAAAGUCGAUGAUCGUUGAAAGCCGGAGGUUGAUGGUGAAGCAAAUGGGAGGGAAUCAUUUAUCUUCAUUCGAUGAUGUUAAAACUAGCUCCCCAGUUUCAGUCCAAGAUCAUUGGUUGAGUGAACAAAGCUCUCCUUCAACAAAUAGCUUGUUGGGUAAUGCAUCCCAGCGGGAAUGAGUGAGACCUUACAAAAAUAAAAACUAAUUUGAUAAUUAUGUUAGUAGGAUCAUGAUUCAAUGGGAUAUUUUUAUUGAUU